UUCCAAUUAACAAAUAACCAUCAAAUUCGUUGGCUCUCUCCCAUCUUCGUUUUCCCAAUUUUUGUGUUCUUGCGCAGCGAAGCAGAUUUUUUUUGCCCUUUCGUUCUAUCCAGAGGAAUUUGUUGAUUCUUUUUAUCGGUGGUAGAAGAACAAGGAGAAGAAAAGUCUAGAAAGCUAUGGCGAUUUCUUCACUCUCGGCUUCAACAGUUCCUCCUUUGAAGACUCCUCCCUCGCAGUUGAGUGCUAAUUUGACUUCUUUGUCUUCGCUGCAGUUCCCGGUGCAGCUUCACAGGCUUCAGUUUGGGAAUAGAGGGAUUUCCUUUCUUUCCAGGUCCCGAAUUUUGCCUUUGGUUGCAGCAAAGAAGCAAACGUUUUCCUCCUUUGAUGAGUUGUUGGAAAAUGCUGACAAACCAGUCUUGGUUGACUUUUAUGCAACCUGGUGUGGUCCUUGCCAGCUUAUGGCUCCAAUUCUUGAUCAAGUCAGUGCCACCCUGAAAGACACAAUCCAGGUGGUGAAAAUCGAUACUGAGAAGUAUCCUAGCAUUGCUGACAAAUACAGAAUAGAAGCAUUGCCUACAUUUAUCAUAUUUAAGGAUGGGAAACCUUUGGAACGCUUUGAGGGUGCUUUCUCUAAAGAUCGGUUCAUCGAACGAAUUGAAAAUUCACUGCAAGUGAAGCAAUAGUUAAGGUUUUUACAAGGAAUGCAGUAUGAAGCCGUUACAUAUGAUAUGAAUUUUUACUAGGAAGGUCGCCCAUUCCUCCCCUCCCAGAAUGUUGCAAUGGCUGUUGUUAACCUAAAAUGUUUGACAAACGCAAAUUCUAAUGGAAUAUUUGUUUGUAACUCCUGGAAUUUUGCAAAAAUGGUUGUAUUUGUUUUGAAACUUGACAAGGGAAGUCUUUUUUAGAUA